CCGGCGCCAGUCUUGAGUGCACGUCUGCGAACUUGGCCUGGACGACUGCAAGACGCUGGCAGCUCUCCCGUGCAGCAUCGUUUGCGAUAUAUCCACGUGACGCACUCACCUGUCACCUUCACCUGUCACCUGCCCAACCACCUGCUAGACUGCCCGCGAGACUUGCCCGCCAGACUUACCUCCACCUUCACCUCCGCCCCGCCGCCAGCACCGCUCUCACCUCCCCCUUCACGUCCACCCCGCCGCGCCAGCACCGCCUCACCUCCUCACCUCCACUAUGCGAUGACAGCCAGUCCCAGUGCCCAUGGACGCACUGGAGUCCUGCCCGUCACCCUGCGCGGCGACAGCAACGAUGAGCUGGAGCCCCAGAAGCCGAACAAGGCGCCCGCGACGGGCGUGCAGGCGGCCGGCAUGCGCGCCGUAGCAGCCCGUAUGGUCGCAUUCUACUUCCGCGCGCCUGUCAAGGCCUUCUUCCGCGGGCGCAUCGACUACAUGGGCUAUGCGCGCGCCAUCAACCCACACAUCGCCGCCCAGACGGGCUGGAGCUGGCGCAUGACGACGCCCGCCAUCCUGGCCCACGCCGUGCGCACCGAGGGCUGGUCGUUCAUCCCAAACCAGGUCCUGCCGCCGCUGCUCGCCAACACGUGCAUCGGCGCCGUGCUGUACACCGUCUACCUGCACAGCCUGUCGAGCCUGCACGAGCCGUCGUCCUACCAGACCAAGCGUGUCUACCCGCCGCCGCCGCCCUCGACCACCUUCACCGCCGGCCUGAUCGCAGGCGCCUUCCAGUCCAUCGUCGCCGCGCCCUUCGACGCCCUGCAGACGCGCUUCCGCACCGCCGACAUCCUCGACGGCAAAUACAAGACCGUCUGGCACUACGCCGGCCACAAGCUGCGCUCCAUCGGCCUGCAGGGCAUCUUCGCCGGCUGGUCGCUGUCGCUGUGCAAAGACGCCCUGGGCGCCGCCGUCUUCUUCAGCGCCUUCGAAACCGUCAAGAGCCAGGGCUACUACAGCUUCGUGACCUGGCACUACGGCACGCGCACCCGCGACAGCCUGCUCAACACCCGUCCGCUGUCCACGGCCUCCGACACCUCCUCCGACCACGACUCCCGCCCCGUAAUCAACCCCCACUUCGCCCUCGAACCCACCUUCCUCCUCCUCGCCGGCAUCUCCGCCGGCCUCACCAGCCAGACAAUCCAACACCCCCUCACCGCGCUCCAAGACGCCCACUUCCGCCGCCUCGAAGCCCUCGACUUCCAGGCGCGCGAGGAGCGCAGCCCUGCCCACAUCAUGCGCCGCUACUACCACGCCUACCAGGAGACGUGGCGGCAGUGCCGCACGCUGGCGCGGCGCGCCGGCGGCUGGAGAAAGUAUCUCUACAAGGACUUUUGGGGGACGACGGUCAGGCAGGUGCCGAGUACGAGUGCGGGGUUGAUUGUGUUUGAGUUGGUGCGGCGGAAGUAUUCGGUUGAGAACGAGGGGGAGGUUACUAUUGAUCGGGCGAACGAGAAGAUUUUGUUGCGGUAGAGGAGGGUAUCUGGAAGGCGGCUUUGUUGCAUACCCAGCAUUACAUAAGAAGCGUCAGGCAUAGCAUAUAGACGAAAACACGAAAUCUUCACUUCA